AUGGCUGAACCACGCGCUCGUGCUGCUCGCCAGAAGGGGCAGAUGAACUUUCCGAAUGAGAUGCGUGCAUUUCUCAGUGGUCAUGGUGAUCGCGACGCCCAUCCGUACUGCCCCCAGGGCCCGUUGCAAGAGACAGUUCGUGUCCUCGACGAAGUAGUAACCGACUACAUCUUGGAAAUGUGCCACGAGGCAGCCGGAGUUGCCAACUAUGCGCGACGCCAAAAGGUCAAAGUCGAAGACUUUCGCUUCGCUCUACGCCGUGACUCGCACAAACUCGGUCGUGUCCAGCAGCUGUUGCAGAUGGACCGCGAGCUCAAAGACGCACGAAAGAUCUUCGACCAGGAUGACGACCAGGUGGCUACUAGCAAGAAAGUCGCAGAGGAAUUGGACGUCAGCGUCGAUGGUACUGUUGAGACUGCGACUGGCAAGAAAUCCAAGGGCAAGGGGAAGCGUGUUGCUCGGCGUGACUCUGACGCAACCGAGGACGGCGCCCCCAAGAAACGCAAGGUCGAUGUUUGA